AUGGAACAAAGGCGAAAACUUCCAUCUCAAACCGAGAGGAACCACAAUGUGAGAGAAAUAACCUUGAGAAGUGGGAAAACACUUGGAGAAAGAAACCCUAAAAGAAUUUCAAGAGAAGAAGAAGAUGAAGUCAUUAUUGUUGAGCCUACAAAGGUUGUAGUUCCUCCAAAGGAACCGGUUGUUCCAAACAUUGGUCAACCCGAAUCUUCCAACAAGACCAUAAAGCCAUUGGUCAUACCACCACCUUUCCCUUCCCGGUUAGCCUUUUCCAAGAAGAUAGAGGAAGAAAAUGAAUUAUUUGAAACUUUUCGCAAGGUCCAAAUCAACAUUCCACUAUUGAAUGCUAUUAAGCAAAUUCCAAGUUAUCCAAAAUUCCUCAAGGAUUUAUGCACCAAGAAGAGAAAAUUCAAGGCAAAUGAAAAUAUUCAAGUUAAUGCAAAUGUGUCUGCGGUUAUCCAAAAGAAGUUACCUCCCAAAUGCAAUGAUCUAGGAAUAUUUGAUAUCCCUUGUACCAUUGGUGAUUUGCAUGUCGAAAGGGCCAUGUUAGAUCUUGGAGACUCGAUCAAUGUGAUGCCAUAUUCGGUUUUUCAAUCUCUCAAUGUUGGACCUUUGGAAGAAACUGGAGUAAUCAUUCAAUUAGCAGACAAGUCAAGUGUGUCUCCAAGAGGAGUGUUUGAGGAUGUGUUAAUACAAGUUAAUCAACUUGUUUUUACCGUGGAUUUUUAUGUCAUUGAUCUUGAGGAGAAGACUCCUUCCAAAUCAUCUAUGAUCCUCCUUGGAAGACCUUUCAUGCAUACCGCUCACACAAUCGUUGAUGUCCAUAAGGAAAGAUAA